AUGUAUAUGCCUUUCGAAAAAGUGCAGCAGUACAGUAACCGCAGAAGCAAAGCAUUAGUAGUGGAUAGUGCUGCUGAAGAUAACAACAAUGGCACUGAUGCCACGAGUGCUAAAUACAGUAAUACCGCCCAAUUGCCAUGCAGAAGAGGAACCAGCAACAUGGGUUUGCCGCAUAUCAAUCUUCUUAAGCUUAUGCGAGCACUUACAUCGGAUGAAUUGUAG